UCCCAAAACCCUAAACGCCAGAAGAAGAACCCAAAGAGAGAGAGAGAUCUCAACCCCUAGUCUCACAAACCAAAUCUCAGAGAAAAGCUUCACUCAGCCGUUGAAUCAUGGUCAGCCCUGUCUCUCUCGUUCCUCAAUCUCCAGAUGGGUUCUACGCAAUCAACAACCCGUUUCUUGUAAGUGGUCCGAAAAGCUUCAUCGAGUUCAUGCCGCUGGAGAACGAUGACAUGUACCUUAGGUUCGAUAUGCCGGGAGUUCCAAACAACGGCAUCGAUGUCCUCCUUGACAAGCCGAACAGAGCCAUUUGUAUCUUGGGGAACGCUCCUAAAGAGCACAAGUACGACGCCACCGUCCGGUGUUACGACGGAACCACUCUUCGUCCCAAGCUUGCUAUCCAAGGUAUCAACUCCAAAAUCGUCUGCAAAUGCCAUGGUUUCUACUCCGGCUUCACCUCCCACAUGUCCGAUGGAGUUCUCCGACUUGUUCUCAAAAGGAUCCACUCCAAAACUCCACCUCCUCCUUGCAUCUCGUUUAUUGGUGGUCCUGACGGAGAAGAUUCCAAUGGCUAUGCCACGGCUCGUCACGUUAUUCCCGCAUCGGAUCCUAAUGACCCCAACUUCACUGGUCCGAUAUUGAUGCCACAUCCAUGUGUGGGUGAAGGAUCUCAGAUGCCUUACGAGUCUAAGGUGCUCCAAAACGGUGGUCUUUACGUGCGUGUUGACAUGCCGGGCGUGCCCAAAGAGAACUUCACCGUCUCAGUCGCGAAUGGGAGAGUGAAGGUGACUGGUGAAGCUCCUGCUCUUAGCCACGACACUGGUGGCCGUUUCUACUCUGGUGACGUGGCUGUGCUCUCCAAUCCUGCAGUGGACAUUCCCAUCCGUAAGAUCAAGACCAUUGCCAAGAGUGGUGUGAUCCGUUUGAUUAUCCCUCCCGUUUGAUGAUGAUUUCGUCAUGGAGCUUUGUGUUUUGGUCUCUGUUAAAUCUCGCUUUCUCUAGAGUGGAACCCUUUAUUCGGGAUAGUGUCUCGUUGUUUUAAGGAUUAUGCCAGUUUUAUGUUCUAGUACUUUGGAUAUGUCUCAACGACAAAACAUAUUUUGCCCUUUUGCCCUUUUAUCAUGAGUCUCUAUUGAAUUGCAAUUUCCAAAGGGUUUUAA